UGCGUUCCCUUUCAGGUCCAAGAGAAAAAAAAAUGUCUGUUCCGGACGUGGAGGACUUUAUUCAACAGAACCGUGUUCUGGCCAACCAGGUAGAGACGUACCGGGGUUACUGGGAGAGCGAAAAACACUGGGAGGCCCGGAGGGAGUUUAUCCUGAGGAACAUGGACGAUUUUAAGGAGGAGCAGCUGGACCAUCUGCUGUCUCUGUCCAUGGUGUGGGCCAACAACGUCUUCAUGGGAUGUCGCUACAGCACAGAGCUUCUGGAUAAAGUGAAGGAAAUGGCCGAGGGCAUCGUUGUAAAGGACGCACCAGUUUUCAAGACCAGGGAUGAAAUUAUUAAAAACCAGCAGGGCCGAUGACUGGAGCAGACGCCCAGGAUGUGCUCAACAUGGACCUGCAUUUUAAGGAUUUUAGAGAAAUUGAUCCUUUUAAUUGAACUGAUUAACCAACUUUUUUUUUUUUUUUUUUUUGUGGGAGCAUCUCAUCGCAUUCUUCAUUUUUACCUGUGAUUUUUCAGUUUGAGUGCAGUCACAUUUUAUGAAUGCAUUUGUACAUUUUUAGCAAUCCCGGCAUGUUUUAACCUGUUUUUUAAUGUGUUUUCUAGAAGAUUAAAAUAACUUUUUUUCAAACACUGCUGUCUGAGUUCCCCCUGGUUUGUAAAUAAUAAAAUAUUGGUAAACUAUCCAAUUUUAGGAAUUAAGAAAAUUGCAAAGGUGACACUCACCUCAGUCUAUUAAUUCAAACUAAAUGCCAUGUGUAUGCUUUAAAACCUAGUAAAAAAGUAGUAAAUUUACUAUGUCCGUUAGUCACGUUGUAUAACACAAAAAAGGAUGACACAAUGAAAAAAUAAAAA